UGAUUUAUCUUUAUCUAGAUAAUUAGUAUGUGGUUAAAGGGGAGGGGGGCUUAUUUGUGUAUGUGGGUUUUCAUGUGCGUGGGGGCGCACGUUUCUGUUGUUUAAAAGUGAUGGUGUUGGUGGCAAGAUGCUUUGGCUGGUUUGUUCUAGGGGGGUCCCCUGUGCAAAGCUAACCCCUCUAGGGUGCUAUUUCGCAGUCUUCGAGUCUUGCUAUUGGUCAGCGCGUGAUCAGAUGGUUCUCUUUCCUUAUGUCCCUGGUUGGCACGCGGCCAUCCCCCUUCAGCUAAAACCCAAUCUCCCAUAUACUGCUAAUAGCUAAACCGCUUGGACUAUAAAACGCAACAAAUCAUAAAGACCAAGGGAAAGAACAGGCGCUGUUUUGCUGGUUUAUUAUUGUUAUUAUUGCUAUUAUUAUUAUUAUUAAUAUUAUUAUUUCCAAUGAGUUCUUAUUUUGUCAACUCUACUUUUCCGGUGAGCUUAGCCGGGGGUCAAGAACCGUUUUUGGGACAGCUCCCCUUGUAUUCCACGGGGUAUUCGGAUCCUUUAAGGCACUAUCCGGCCACUUAUGGGACUGGGGGUGGUGGAGUCCAAGAGAAGGGUUACCCGGGCGCGCCUUACUACCAGCAAGCCAACGGAGCUUACAACCGGAGCCCAGCCUGCGAUUACGGGACAUCUGGUUUUUACAGGGAGAAAGAGACAGCCUGUUCUCUUUCGAGUUUGGAGGACCCUGUUCAGUUCGGUCAGGAGCAAGUCCGGAAGUCAGACUGCUCCCAGAACAAACACGUUUUCGGGGACACCGAAGAUCAAAAGUGCUCCACUCCAGUUUACCCCUGGAUGCAAAGGAUGAACUCCUGUAACAGUUCCUCCUUCGGGCCGAGUGGCAGGCGAGGGCGACAGACCUACACCCGUUACCAGACCCUGGAGCUUGAGAAAGAAUUUCACUUUAACCGUUACCUGACGAGGCGCCGCCGGAUUGAGAUCGCCCACGCGCUUUGCCUCACCGAACGCCAGAUCAAAAUCUGGUUUCAGAACCGGAGGAUGAAGUGGAAAAAGGAAAAUAAGCUACUGAAUUCGACUCAGUUGAGCGCCGAGGAAGAAGAGGAGAAGACGACGGAAUGAAAAAGAGGAGGAAGGAGAGAGGGCGGGAGGGAGGGAGGGGAGAGCGUGGAAGAAGGCGAAAAUGCCAACAGUUGUGGAAGCUUCAAAAGCGGCAAAAUUAAAAAAAAAACAACAACACAACAAUGAGGCACAACCAACACACACGUUUUUGUAAAAUACCCGAGACUGUAACGACAGUGUUGGCUCGCUGUCCUUUUGCACCCUCACUCGCAUCCAGUAAUUUGUCAUAAUCAAGCUUCUAGUCCAGUUUUGUUUUUCCCAUCCUUUCUAGUGACCCUCUUCCCCUAAUCACAAAUGGAUUAAAAAAAACUUUGGAUGUCCUUCUUAGGAUUCUUGCUAACCCUUAUAUUUAAGUGGAGGUGCUGCAAUAUAUGUGUCAGAGUUGGGGGGGGAGGGAGCCACUGGUUGUCUUCGUUUUGUAAAACAAAACUCUCAAGCACGAUUUUACAUAUAUGUGUUGUUGGUGUUGGG